AUGCAUGUCCCAGAAGUGAAACUCAACUCCGGCCACAAGAUGCCGCUCAUCCAAAUGGGCACGGCGGCCGAUCCCCUCCCACGGCCGGACCACCUCACCUCCACCUUCCUCGCCGGCAUCGAGGCCGGGUACCGCCGCCUUCUACCGCACCGAAGAGCCCCUCGCGGUCGUGGUGGGCAUCUCCGCCCCUGUUCCAAGCUCUGGGGCACCGAUGCCCACCACGACCUCGUCCUCCCCGCCUUUAACAACGCACUGCAAGGCUGGGGCUGGAAUAUGUGGACUCUUUACCUGGUUCAUUGUCCGGCGGGGUGGGAAUCUCCACCAAGUCUGUGGGUGUCAGCCAACUUUGGCUGCCUGAAGCUCUCCAAGCUUCUUCAGAAUGCCACCAUCCAGCCUGCAGUCAAUCGGGUCGAAAUGACUCCGGCAUGCCAGCAGCCGAAGCUUAGGCAGUUCUGCAAGGAGAGGGGAAUUCGUGUGAGUAUGGUCUCCACUGGGGGGCCAGUGGAGCUGCAUGAAGAUCUCUUGCAGUGA